CGGCUGCGGGCGGCCCCGGCCCGGAGCUGGGCGGCCGCGCCCGCCGCACAAAGCAGCCGUAGUAGCUCCGUUCGGCGACCCCCGCCCGGCCGUGCCCCCCCUCCGCCGCCCCGGGGGGGGCCCUUUGUGGCGGCGGGGCCGGGCCCGGUCCCCCGGUGGAACCAUGCCCAGGUCGUUCCUGGUGAAGAAGGUGAAGCUCGAUGACUUCCCCGCCGGCCUCGAAGCCCCGUACGGCCGCGCCCGGGCGGAUUUCGGCUCCCGGUUGCACGAGAAGGGCUACAUCAGCGACUACAUGGCCCCCUCCGCCUUCGAGGCCGACCCCGAGGCCGCGCUCAAGGUUCCCUCCCCGGCCUCGCUGUACCCGGGCGGCCGCGGCGACUUCGGCGGCGUUGGCGGCGGCGGCGUUGGCGGCGUUGGCGGCGGCGGAGCGGACUCGGAGCCUCCGGACAGCCCGCACUCGGGCAUGGCGGGCGGCUACAUCAACGGCGACGCCGCCGUCAGCGAGGGCUACGCCGUGGACGCCUUCUUCAUCACGGACGGCCGCUCCCGCCGCAAGGUGAGCGGCACCGGAGCCGCCGCCGCCCGCAGCCUGCCCCGCCACACGUGCGGCGAGUGCGGCAAGAGCUACGCCACCUCGUCCAACCUGAGCCGCCACAAGCAGACCCACCGCAGCCUGGACAGCAAGAUGGCCAAGAAAUGCCCCACGUGCGGCAAGGUGUACGUCUCCAUGCCGGCCAUGGCCAUGCACCUGCUGACCCACGACCUGAAGCACAAGUGCCAGGUGUGCGGCAAGGCCUUCAGCCGGCCCUGGCUGCUGCAGGGCCACAUGCGCUCGCACACGGGCGAGAAGCCGUUCGGCUGCGCGCACUGCGGCAAAGCCUUCGCCGACCGCUCCAACCUGCGCGCCCACAUGCAGACCCACUCGGCCUUCAAGCACUUCAAGUGCAAGCGCUGCAGCAAAACCUUCGCCCUCAAGUCCUAUCUCAACAAGCACUACGAGUCCGCCUGCUUCAAGGGGGCGGCGGCGCCGCUCAGCCCGCUGCACCCCUAAAGGGGGCUUUGGGGAAGGGGGGGCUCCGGGACCCCCCCUGCCCGCUCCUCAGCACGAAAUCCGCCCCGUUCGGGAUCCAGAGGGAGAGGUCACCCCAUCCAUGCAUCCAUAGAGCCCCCCGGUUCGGCCCCUCCCGAGGGUCGGUGCGGCGGCACCGAGGGUCCGUCGGGAUCGGCGCUUCGGGAUUGCGGCCGGCGGGGUUCGCCCGGCAGGGUUCGCCUGUCAUGAUUCGCCCUUCAAAAUUCACCUGUCGGGAUUCGCCCUUCAGGAUUCGCCCUGCAGGAUUCACCUCCCAAAAUUCACCUGUCAGGAUUCGCCCUUCAGGAUUCACCUGUCAAAAUUCGCCCUUCAAAAUUCACCUGUCAGGAUUCGCCCUUCAAAAUUCACCUGUCGGGAUUCGCCCUGCAGGAUUCGCCCUGCAGGAUUCACCUCCCAAAAUUCACCUGUCAGGAUUCGCCCUGCAGGAUUCACCUCCCAAAAUUCACCUGUCGGGAUUCGCCCUUCAAAAUUCACCUGUCAGGAUUCGCCCUUCAGGAUUCACCUCUCAAAUUUCACCUGUCGGGAUUCACCUCUCAAAAAUCCACCUUUGAAAUUUCACCUGUCGGGAUUCACCUCUCAAAAUUCACCUGUCGGGAUUCGCCCUUCAGGAUUCGCCUGUCAGGAUUCACCUCCCAAAAUUCACCUGUCAGGAUUCACCUCC